CUUUCAUCUCCAGAAAUCACCUAGACACCCUGUGGUAUUUUCUGCCCAUAUACUACGUGCUGAUACGAUACUCCUUUUUUUUUCCGCUCUCGAGACAGCCCACAACUCGAUCUAUGCCUCUUGCGUGACAUCAAAACUUAGCCAUUCGCGUGAAGUGGAGGUAAUUCGCCAUGAGCAAUGAAUCGUCACAAUUAGCAGCGUCGUCUCGGUUGCCGACAACUACAAAUCAAGUGAAAACAGUCAUUACCGAUACGCCGUUCGUGUCUACAGCUUUGGAAGAGCGUCGAUCUCGAAGUCUUCGUGCUCGACCUUCGUUGUCGAGUCCUUCUAUGGGCAUCCCGUCUACAACUCAUCCAAACGGGCAUGCGACUCAGAGCAAAGGCAUGGAGGCUAUUAGCCAAGGUCUUAGACAAGAGGCUGUGAUUGUCAGGCGAGAAAAACGAAUUACAGAAAAGGAGAGAGAGCUCAAAGAAGUGGUUGAAAGUCAUGAUGGGUUGAUCCGAGAAAAGUUUCAUCUGGAAAGAUUCGUGACGCUGUUGGAAGGCUGGAACCCAGAGCAAGCGAAGCUGGAUAAUUCACCGGUUUUCUUACAGUGGAAGGACAGUAAACACAAUCUUCUCAACCUCUUACCUGAUGAGCCCGCUAUCAGCGCUUCUUCACAAGCAGGCCCUUCGCGGCCGAGGUCUUCCUUGCCGUCUCGCACAACUCGUCGAAAGGCACAUGAGCAGUCUGAAUUGCUUGCUCAUGUGGUAGCUCCUGUCGCGAAACCCCCCGCUUUUGCGCCCUCAACGAAAGGAAAGGAAAGAGUCGGUGACGAACUACAUGCAAAGACCAAAGGAAAGGGGAAAGGGCUCGCUGAACAAUCUUUGAUUCCUUCCCCGGCUGAAGGUGCACUUCACACCAAAGGAGGAAAGAGGAAAGUUGGCGACGUCACUACCGACAUGCUUCCACCACCUGUUCCUGAUAAAAGGAGUAGAGGUUCUCGGCGGGCCACAAUGGGUGCGCCUUUGCCGCAAAUCGAUCAAAAUGAGGAAGUCGGCUUGGAUUCGCAGGCUACUCAUGGUGGCAAAGCUAAAAGACGAGGACGAAUAUCAUUGCCUGAUUUACCUACAUCGAAGAAGCUACGGACUGCCAAAAGAGCCAGCGCCGUUUCGAGCGAAAGUGCAUCACCGGUGGUUGAAGCGCCUACAUUAGAGCGAUUAGCUUCUCCAUCUCCACUAUCGACACCGGUACCUCUCCCAACCUUCGCGCACCUUCCUUUCCCCCCAGCCCCUCAUCGUAUAAGGAAGAGAAUUGUGGGUCCGCGUACCAUCCGCUACACGGAUCCUUCUCAACGACCUCCUGCUCCCAAAUACGGCGGCGAUAUCACUCCCAUAAUAGAAUCCUACGUUAAUAUCAACGAUACAGGGCCUCCGCCGGAAAUGAAAACGCUUGAAGCCCGCGCCAAGAAAGAAGGCUAUCUUUUGGCCCGUGUCAUGUAUCUGAAGAGCCAUGGUCGACUCCAACGCUUAGUUGACGAGGAGGAUGGAUCGAACUUGUUCUCUACUACCACUACAUCAAAUUCCCAUGCCAAGAUCAUCAGGAUACCACCCCGUAAAACUGAUUAUCAUGAUACAUUGAUAGCGCAUAUGGUCCAGGUUCGUAAUGCCAUGCUUAAUGUGGCAAAAUCAAAGCCGGUAACGUGUAAAAAGGUGGCAAGAAUGGUCCAGGCGUAUUGGGAAAAUAUUGAAGGCAAGGAAGAAAGAGAACGACUUGCGGAGGAAAAAGAAAGGAGGAGGAUGGGGAAAGAGAUAAUUAAGUCGUUGAGGAAGCGAUGGGCGUUGGCAGUCAAGGUCGUGAGGGCUAAGAUCCUGGAGGCCCAAAAGCAAGAACAAGAUCGCCUCGGCAAAGAGCAUCUUCAGAACAUCUUGCAGCGAAGUACCGGUCUUCUCGAAGCCCAAAUUCAGGGUUCAAAUGACAGCGGGGAAGAAGAGGGCGAAGAUAGCACAUCUGAUAACACAGAUGAUAGCGAGGGGGAUGACGAAACUAACACCUUACUACCACUCACCUCUAUAUCUCCCGAACCUGUAAUCGGUGACGAUGAGGAAGAUGUUGACGUGCAUGAUGAUGAUGACGAGCAACAGGGAGAAGAAGAUACUUCACAUAAGGAAGACGAAAGUGAUGCUUCCGACACUGAAAGUGACGAGAACAGUAUGUCUGAGCAUAAUCAGGAUCUGCGAUUUCUUAUAUCAGAUGAUGUCCUCAACGAAGAUCCAAUGUCGACAGGCCGCUUUGCUGAGGAAGAUCGAGGGAGCUCUGACACUGAACAACUUACGGACAAUAAGAAUGACGGUGAAGAGCCCAAAGAGACGGCGGUACAGGCUGCCUUCGACGGCUCCGAUGAUGUAAACAGAUUAGAGGAGCCACAUAAUCCAGUGUCAUCAACUGCCAACAUUGGAAAUUUUGCUCUUUUGGAGUCCUCAAGCGCCGAAGUUUCUGAUGCCUCGUGUCCUGCGACAAUGCCAAUCCUUGUCCGUCAGUCCCCUAAAACAUGCUCCCAACCACGCACACGCAAAGUCAAAUUAUCUACCCUUUCGCUUUCAUCUGAUCCUGAUCCUGACAUCAACGACCCUGAGUUUAAAGCUCGACUGGAAGAUAGUAAUCAGGAUGAUCAGGAUGAGGAGCUGGAUCUGGAAAUGGAAGAGGCAGACAGCGCGGGGAGAGAGAGUGGCGAAGGGAAUCGCGAUAGCGAAGAUGAGGGUCUAUUAGCCGAUGCGGAUCUUCCUAUCGAGGUUUUGCUAAGAAGAUAUGGUUAUCCAGUACCUGAAGGUGAGGGUGCAGUCAAUGGUGAACCAGAACAGAGCGAAAGCAAGGGGCGCGAACAGGCUGCGCCAACUUCAACUGUUUCUGAGACCCUUCCAUCAACAAAACUGAGCUUGGCACAACCGGCGAAUCAGACGGACCAGUCUCUCACAGACACAGCUCUUCCUGAGCCUCGCGUGCCUGAGCAGCUAAUCAUCAGCGGUAAGCGACAGCGUCGAAAGAAGGAGAUCUGGACUCCGGACGACUCGGAACCUCAACAUUUAGUUGGCAAAAAGAGAAUUAAGAAAGUGGAGAUCGUGGAAAAGGUAGAGGCUGAUGUUCACCAGAAUGGGGAUGGCCUCGUCAUUGUAGAGGAAGAAACAAUGGGUGACGAAGAUAAUGAUGACUCAAAGGUGGGGCAGGAAGAGGAAGAUGGACACGAAUAUGACAGUGAAGAGGAAUAUGAUGAAGAUGAAGAUGAGGAAGAAGAAGGCGCUAAGGAAGAUAAUGUAGAUUGGGAUGACCGUCAAGAUAAGGAGGGGGAUAUUGGCCCCCGAGUUCGACAACCCUUCCUGUUGAGAGGAACACUUAGGCCUUAUCAACAGGCAGGCUUAGAAUGGCUUGCAAGCCUUUGGUCUAACAACAUGAACGGGAUUCUGGCCGAUGAAAUGGGCCUUGGCAAAACUAUCCAGACAAUCGCUCUUCUAGGUCACCUUGCUUGUGAUAAAGGCGUUUGGGGUCAACACCUUAUCAUCGUUCCUACCUCCGUUAUUCUCAAUUGGGAGAUGGAGUUCAAAAAGUUCCUGCCUGGUAUGAAGGUACUCACCUAUUACGGAAACCAGAAAGAACGCAAAGAGAAGCGUGUGGGAUGGCACACCGAAAAUACCUGGCAAGUUUGCAUAACGUCAUACCAGAUUGUCCUUGCGGAUCAGCACAUCUUCAGAAGAAAAAACUGGUGUUAUAUGAUAUUGGACGAAGCGCAUAACAUCAAGAACUUCAGAAGUCAAAGAUGGCAAACACUCUUGGGUUUUAAAGCACAAAGACGACUGCUCCUGACAGGGACACCACUUCAAAAUAAUCUUAUGGAGCUAUGGAGUCUUCUUUACUUUCUGAUGCCUGGCGGAAUUGGAGCAGAUGCGACAGCAGUCGUCGGUUUUGCCAAUCACAAAGAAUUUAUGGAAUGGUUCUCUAACCCUAUGGACAAAGCCAUCGAAACAGGCGAUGCCAUGGAUGAAGAAACCUUGGAAACUGUUGCCAAACUCCAUACUCUUCUCAGGCCUUUCAUUCUUCGUCGACUCAAAUCCGAGGUCGAAACACAACUUCCAGGGAAAUUCGAGCAUGUCGUCUAUUGUCGCCUGUCUAAGCGUCAGCGUUUCCUGUAUGAUGAGUUCAUGUCUCGUGCCUCCACUCACGAGGCACUCACUACCGGGGGUUACCUCGGUGUAAUGAAUACCCUUAUGCAAUUGAGAAAGGUAUGCAAUCACCCCGAUCUCUUCGAGAUGAGGCCUGUAAAAACGAGUUUUGCUAUGGAUAACGUGGCAAGGGACUUUGAGCCGAGCGAUAUCCUCAUUAGAAAGCGGCUGUUGGCGGAAGAGGAUGAAAGAAGGAUCGAUGCCCUUGCAAUAGGUUUCGGAGUAGCCCAUAACGAAGCAAUGUCUGGAUGGGUAGCUAGAGCAAGACAAACAUAUGACGCCUCGGACAAACUACCUUAUGCUGCCUCGCCAUUAAGACGGGGGAAGCUCUCGGCACCGCCACCCAAAGACACUAGGAGUGUAGAACUUUGGCUCAAGUAUCGCGUCUGGGCUGAAGAAGAAUUUAGUAAAAGACGCUGGGAAAGUAUCCGAGCAACUAAUCGACAAAGAUGCGGGAUAUCUCCCAUCUACGGCUCAACCUUUUUGUCUUUACUUGGCAACCUUCCAAACUUCUUGCUUCCGCAAGACGUUCAAUCUCGGCGAGAAGAGACGUUUGCCGAUUUUACUCCACCCGCAGCCAAAUUCAUCACCUCACUGCCCGAAAGAGCCAAGUCUUUAGAGGAUGUUAUUGACCGCUUUGCUGUCAUACCUCCCAAUGCAGUCGCCCGUAAUCUCGCUACUUAUGCUCUUCCCGGAUUAGAACCCAUUUCCCACCCUGCCCUGACAGAUCCAGCCUUCGACACUCUCCAUCGAUCGUCGGUCAAGCUCCAAAUUGCCUUUCCUGACGCCAGUCUUCUUCAGUAUGAUUGCGGUAAACUGCAAAAACUCUUCGAGAUGCUGCGUGACCUCAAAUCUGAAGGACAUAGGGUGUUGAUUUUCACUCAGAUGACUCGCGUUCUCGAUAUCCUCGAAAUGUUCCUGUCACACAACGGUCAUCGAUAUCUCCGACUUGAUGGCAGCACAAAGAUCGAGGACCGACAAGUCUUGACAGAAAGAUUCAAUUCCGAUUCCCGCAUCUUCGUAUUCAUUGCCUCGAGUCGAUCCGGUGGGGUAGGCAUCAACCUUACAGGUGCAGACACUGUCUUUUUCUACGACUCCGACUGGAAUCCCUCAAUGGACAGACAAUGUAUGGAUCGGGCGCAUCGAAUUGGUCAGACAAGGGAAGUCCAUAUCUAUCGCUUUGUCAGCAGUCACACAGUGGAAGAAAACAUGUUGAGAAAGGCGGAGCAGAAAAGGCUCUUGGAUAAAAUGGUCAUCCAAGAAGGUGGUUUCAAUAAUGAUUGGUGGGGAAGAGUGGGAUGGAAAGAUAUGUUUGGGGACGUACCAGGCAUUACAGAUGUCUCAGGGGUUGUGGAGAAAAGUGGGGAGGGUAUUAUAGACAUUCAGGUCGAAGGGACUCCGGUGGCUGAAGAUGUAGAGGUUACAAGACCUCGUGCGGGAGAAGAGCGGGAGCUAGCGAGGGCUCUGGCUGAAGUGGAAGAUGAGGAGGAUGCGCAAGCUGCGCGGAUGGCACAGGGUGAAGGCGAGCUAGAUCUGCAAGAGUUUGAGGAGGGGCCAAAGGCGGUUGCGAAACGAGUAAGAGUCUUUGAGCCUGAGAACAGCGGUACCCCCGUAACGACAGAGGCUGGGGAAACCGGCGAUGUGGUUGAGGAAUAUGAUGACGAGCCCGGCAGCGUAGAAGAGUACAUGCUGAAAUGGGUGGAAGAGGACUGGGACUAUUUUUCGCCCUACAGAGCUUAACGUUCGAUAUGCAGUACAGUAUAUCUUUAAUGAUUACAUGCCAAGCGCCCAGUAAAAUGCAUGAUAUGAAGAGAUAAUAUUACAACAAUCCGCCUUGAAUUCCAUUGCUCAAUGCCUACUAUU